AUGGAGAGUACCAUGCGAGUCUCAAUUAUGCUCCUCCUAGUAACUGUGUCCGACUGUGCCGUGAUCACAGGGGCCUGUGAGCGGGAUGUCCAGUGUGGAGCAGGCACCUGCUGUGCCAUCAGCCUGUGGCUGCGGGGAGUGAGGAUGUGCACUCCAUUGGGACGGGAAGGAGAGGAGUGUCAUCCUGGCAGCCACAAGAUCCCCUUCUUCCGGAAACGCCAGCAUCACGCCUGUCCCUGUCUGCCCAGCCUCCUGUGCUUGCGGUUUCUGGAUGGCAGAUACCGCUGCUCCAUGAACCUGAAGAACAUCAACUUCUAG